AUGAAUGCAGUGAGGAAAUGCCCGUCAAGGAGAGGCUCGUCAAAAAGUAUCCUCUUUAGAAGUGUCCCCCCACGGAGUAUCCCCCCAAGGAGCUUUCCCCAAAGGAGCUUCCCCCAAAGGAAGAACAACCUCCCCCUCAUUCACCAUGUGAGGAAGUCCCACUUCUAUACGUCAGUGGUUGUCCACAAUUUUGACCUGAGAGCAAAUAAGCAGCUUCUCCUCAGCAAUGCCAUCACAGCGAACAAUGAAACGGCGCUACUUAACGAGUGCCUGAAUUUCAUGAAGAAUUUCGAAAGCUUUGCUUCCAUCUGCUGUGCUUGCAGCGACCCCAAGAAUAAGGUACAGCUGAAGAAGGCCAUCUGGUUCUCAAGCAUCGGCAUCGAGAUGCGUGACUUCGUCGACUACUGCUACGAAGGCGAUGAAGGGUCCCAAAAUGGAGAAACCAAAAGAAUACUGGAGGAGAUCGUCAAGUCGGAGUGCCCUGUAAUACUCAGAGAUAGGAACAGCGUCCGUGUGGAGCCGGAUGUAGCCCCCAAAAAGGUUGUCAACUCGGCCAAGAGGAUGAGAUACUUUUUCAACAUCUCCGAAGUUCACACCUGUCGAGGCUGCUACAAGAAGAGCAGGUGCAAGCGCUUUCUGCAGAAAUACGCAGGCGAACCCGACUUCUCGGACUUCACCCGAUUGAUGAUAGGCUUCUACAACAUAAGCAAAGCCUACACAAGACGAAACGAAGUGGAGAGGUCGGAGCUCCGACACGUGAUACAAAAGGUGAACUACUUCCACUGCGCACUCUUCUACGUGUACAACUACCUCCUGAAACACAAGCACUUUAACUAUAACGCGGUGGAGGAAGGAAACAGAAGCGCCAUACUGACGUACCUGAGGGAAAAGAGACGAAACUUGCUGCUCCUAAAAAAUCAGAGGCAGCAGGAGAAGGUCAUGAACAUCCCCAGGGAGUACUCCGAUGUGAUGAUCCCGACAGACAAGGCCAAGAUGAAGAGGAGGCAGAGGAAUGUCUUCGAGAGGCUCCAGCGUUUUCGGAGACGGUCCCAACUGGCAGAGGACGAAGAGAAGUUCAUUUGGAUGGAGGAACAGGAAGACGAGGACGCACAAGAGAAGGACCCUCCAGCCGAUCAGUACGACCAACCACUCCACAAGGACUCAACGGGGAACAACGAUCUGAAGAACGAUCUGAAUAACGUCACCGAGUAUGAAAACAGUUUGGUCGAAAUAAAAGACAAAAAUGAAUCCCUGCCUUCCUUUCGUUUCCACUAUAUGAUAAAAAUGGAGAAACCUGGCACAUCCAAGGAGGCUUUCAAUUACAACAAUAUGUACAAUAAGUACUCCAGCCUACUCCAAAAAAAGGUGUGCAUCAAUUUGGACGACCUGAACGUGAACGAGGAGAUAAUUAAGGCCGAAAGCCUUCUCUUCAGAAUCCCCGAGGCCGUCGGCGGAUACACCUUCAUAAACUACAUCGAGAACCAGCCGAACAAUUUCAUAUUGCCCAUUAAUGAAAACCUGUACAAGGGCAUUCAAGUGUACAAACGGGAGGAACUCAAUUUGGGAGACUUUUGGUCCAGCAUUAACAAUGAGGAACUGAAAAUCAGAAGAGUCGGCUUCUACAAUCCGUUUAACAUAAAAGAGAAAUUGGAGCUAGCGAUGCAGAAGAAGGGGGCCGUUCCCCGCACAGCCACUGCACAGGAAAAAGACGAGGAAAUUACUGACUUAUCCGAUGACCUGUCAAGCUUCCAAGAAUAUUUAGACACCAGGAGAAGAGCAGAAGCGAAAAGGAGGCGGGGGGAGAGAAGGCGCAUGGAUUUGGAAGACCCUCCAUCCUACGCCUCAUCUUCUCCUGUGGCUGAUCCAAAGAGUGAUCAUUUUGACGACAGCAACGAUGAGGAUGUCCGCUUUGCCUACUUUAAGAAACUGAGGAAGGAACGACACAACUUGGGCGAGCGACACAGCGUGGACGAGCACGAAGAGGUGAAGGAGGAAUUCGACAGCGUCUACAACGAGACUUACCAUACUAAAGGAGAACCCGGCGAUGCCUACCACCACACUCACCACAUAAGGAGGCUGCUCGACGAGGAGAAAGGCGCGAGAGGGGUCACGCCGGAGGACAUCCGAGAGGAAAAGAGGCGUCUAGUGCAGGCGAGUCGGAAGGAGCUCAAGGAGCAGUCAUUUUACUUAUUCAAGAAUGUGAAAUUUCCUGAGUUGCCCGCGGAUUUAUCCUCAGAGGAGGGCCUUGGCCAAGGAGACAAAAAGAGGAAGAAUCCAAAUGAUCAGCUUAAGAAGUACCUUCGUCCCCGCCCACAGAAACGCAACUCAAAUGUGCCGGAGCUGACAGAGGAAACGAUCCAAGCUCAUUGUUCGUCCGCCCAGGGAUCUCGAAGCUUGGAAAUUAUGUUGAAGAAAAAAAGGAAGCAUUUCAAAGGGGGUGCAAAUGUAGAAGAACAUUAG